AGAUAUUUCAUUAUUUGCAGUUUUAAUUCACACUUGUUCGUCAAUAGUUGAAAAUCGUUAUCGAAAAUUGCAUUUGUUAAUAUAAAAUAACAAAAGAAUAAUAGGAGGAGGAUGUUUUCUAGCAGUUUUCGGUCCAUUUUGGUGAUAGGUUUUAGUUUGUUUAUUGGCAUUCGUUCGUUCGAUUUUGACGAAUUACUGGAGAAUGUUCCUGAAUCAGGUAUAGAACAAUUUGAGUUUCUAAGGUAUCAUCUUCAGAGAGGGUAUUCUAUAAACAAACGUUUUGGCGCAAAUGAAUCAGAACAUAUUGGUAAAGAUAUUAUAUCUCCAGGUGAUUUACUAUGUUUAAAAGUUUAUGCUUAUGUUAUUGACAAUUUUAACAUAAUUCUGGAAGAGAAUGCAUUGGCUUGUAACUCAUGCGUUUGUUUUGACAAUGGACAAUGCAUUGAUCUUGGGGAUGUUGGAAUCCACCCGUAAAGCAUUGCUAAUAUUAAAAAAUAAACCAAAACAUCAUAUUCUUAAUUCUUAAUAUAAGAAUACAAUAUAAUUUUAUUGUACCAACUAUUGAUUUAAAUAUUGCGGGUAAUUCUCGCGACGAUAAAUAUUUUUAGUCAAAAAAUCCAAGUGUUUUUGUCACACACUUCUUUCUAGUAAUACAAAAUGUUAAUUGACUUCUUAAUUGGUUUGGUUUGUUGUUGAACUAUUGUACCACACACUUGAGAAUAUUUACUGAUAACAAA